CUCCUCCGUAGAAAGCUCACCCGACGACGACGACGGCGGCGGCAUCGAAGUCUCACAGCGAGUACCUCUUACGUUUUCUCACUUGCAGACAGUGCGGUUCUGUUGGCGUCGUGAGGAAGAGAAGUUUUAGUACGUGCGAGACAUACGCGAGAAGUCGACCAAUUCUAUCUGGUUUACCCAGUGAGAUUUCGUGCGAGACUUAGAAAAUAAGUCUCAUGAGGGAUUGAGAGAGGACGGCCACGGCUGAGAGAAAGACGAGACAAUAUGCGGGAGAGAGUAUGGCUUCUGCUUAUGCUAUACGGGUUGCUACUGGCAUCGGCUGUUUCCGGUGCACUGAAGGCUACCAGACCGAAAUUUAAAAUUGCUACAACCAGUACAACCACUACGGAAGAACCGGAAACGGAGGAUACCGAGGUAACGACAGUCUCUACAGAAGUGAACGCAACUACUGGCCACACGUUGACGGGAAUUCCACAAAUCGACUACAUAUGGGAUCCUAAUUUACCACGUGAAUUAAAUGGUUACAAUCUGAGUGAAUAUCCAUUUUACAAUAGCAUACCUGAAGAGAUUGACUUCAAAUGCGACGGUCUCCAUGAUGGAUUUUACGCCAGCGUACCGCACAAGUGUCAGGUCUAUCAUCACUGUCUGUUUGGAACGCGAUACGAUUUCCUCUGUGCCAACUUCACAGCCUUUGAUCAGAAGACCUUCAUCUGCCACUUCGCGUCCGAGGUCGACUGUGCCAAUUCGAAGAAGUACUGGCACAGAAAUGAUGCUCUAUACCAGGCUGCCACAACGACGACAACGUCUACGACGACUACCACGACGCAGGCACCAGCUACGGCCCCGCCAGCCAGAGGGGCACCACGCGACCGGGAUCUACCUGGCAGAAGAAGGCCGCCGUUCAGAAGGAGGCCAGCUUAUGAUUACUACGAUGACUAUUACUAUGAUGAUGACUUUGACAGACCCAAGGGUAGAGGAGGAUACGACAGACGGGAGGAAUAUGACUAUGAGGAUAGGAAAUUCAGAAGAGAUCGUGACAGGGAUAGACGCUUUAGGGACAGAGACGUCAGAGAUCGCGAUGUAAGGGAUAGGGAUGCACCUAGGACUAGGGAACCUGAUAGACCCUUGAGGGAUGAUAGAGAUCCACCCAGGACUAGGGAACCUGAUAGACCCUUAAGGGAUGAUAGAGAUCGCGAGAUGUCACCUAGAGAACGUUAUCCUCCAAGAUCCAACCGACGAGACCCUGUACGAGGUACUAGAGAUCCCGUCGAGGAAGAACCUAGAAGUAGGACUCGUGAUCCGGAACCUGGAACUAGGUCCAAGGAAGUAUUGGAUGAUCCUGAGGUUGAUGACCGCAGAACUAUUGACUCCAGGUCUAGAGAUACGGAUGACAGAAGAUACCCGGACAAGAGACAUAGAGAAGAGUAUGACGACAAGGAUGGUGGGGUACCUUCUGCAGUCACACCCGGUACCACUGAAGGUCUAGUGAAGCCUAACGCACCUAGUUCGUCAGUUUACGCCAGACCCAGGGUGCCGCCGAAGAUUCGUAGACCGGUACCGUUAUCUGAACAGGAAAAAUACGCUUAUAAAGUCACUGCUGUACAGCCCACUGACGAGAUUCGGAGAAGACCGGCUGACAUUCCUGAGGAUGAUUACUACGAGGAGGACCUCGAGGAGGUGAGACCACGUCGUCCUAUGAGAAGACGACCUGCAUACCGGGAUAGGGAUCGUGAUUUCUACGAUGUGAGGGAUCGAGACCGGCCCUUGAGAUCGCGAUACAGGGACGAGGAAGACGACUUACGACUUAGGAAGUAUCCUGAACGAUCUAGGGACAGGUAUUACGAUCGUGACAGGAGCAGGGAUAGAUCCUUGGAUCGAGGAAAGGAACGUGUCAGACCAUCUCAGGACAGCGAACGAUCAGAGAGACCGUACACGGGAAGAACUGCUGAACGAGAUAGAGAAGAUCGUCCUAGAUUAUCCGCAUCUCCGUCCUCUUCGAGCGAAGUGCCUAGAAGGUCGAAUAUUUAUGAUAGAUCUACGGAAAAGCCUGCAGUUACCACGACGACUGUUGCUCCAGUAGAAGAUCCAGUGAUACAUGAGGACCAUCUUGAUGCCAUUGAUCGUCCUGGGAGACCUUCAGAACCCGAGGAACGUCCUGUGAAGUCAAAUAACAAUACUCCUACAGAAAUUGUUCAAGACCAAAACAAGGAUAUAGAACGACCCUUGAAACCUCAACGACCUGAGCGUACUGAAAAACCGGAAACUUAUUAUAAAGAUGAUCAUACACAGGAGCAAAGCUCUGCCGAGCAGUAUUCCUCAGAAUACUAUGACGAGCCUGAGGAUCCUCCAGCACCUUCACCUAGGACAACAGUGCGUAUCGUAAAGAGACCAUUCCUGCCAUCUAGAGGAGGCAAUCCGAACCCCAGAGGAUUAUUACCAGUAGGUAAUAGAUCAACUGGAUCUGCAAGGCGCGAGGAAGAUAGAACGCGGACUAAGAUAACGACUACGGAGGAGCCGAAGGUAGAUUAUCUGGAGGAGGAAGACGAGGAUGAGGAUGAUGAAGUACGAAGAGCAGUUCCAGAGGAUGAUUCUCAAUCGUCCAAACAGCCGUACGAUGCUUACAAGGCUAUACAGAGCGAUCUUCAGCAGAAGCAGCGACCCGAAGAACCCGACAACAUAGUCACUAGACCAUCCGCAAGAAAACCCCUAAACAAGGAUGAGGAAGCACCAAGUGCAGAACUACCAGGAUCAGGAAGAGGAUCUCCAAUGGAACGAAGACCCCAGGAACAGGAAGAGUCACCAUCCUGGAAUGACAGUAUAGAACAAUCGGCUCAGGAUAGACCCAAGGGAAACGAAAAUCCAGGAUACACUGCCAACCGUGGCCAAAUUCGUCAUCCCUCGACGGAGACUAAUCUCUACAGUUCAACGUACAAAACUGAUGAUUCCCAAGAUCAGUCAUCGACCAAUGGAAAUUUUCGGGUGAAACAAAGAAUAAAUGAGGUUACUCACCCUCUCCAGGACAUUCCUGAGAGCGAAUAUGACAUUACCCUAAAUGACGCCUUGACGCCGACGCUCAACCAGGAGUCUAGCCUAUCAGGAGGCUUUGUACUUCCCUUGCAUCGUCAACUGGGUCGUGACACGGUACUCCAAUCCUCUGAGAACAACUAUCAGUUCUCCAGGCCAACUACUUCACAACAGCAACUACAGCAGCAGCAUCACAACCAACAACAAAAACCAUUUGUACCAAGUACCCAAUAUGUUCCAUCUAUGAACGAACGUCCUAGAACCGUAUACUUCAGAACACCGGAAACUAUCCACAUAAGCGGAAGUCAGUACAGAACACAGAGGGGAGGACCCUGGCACGAUUACACCGGCUACUGAGUUUAAGAAAAAAAAAGCGCUAAUAAUAUUAUAUUAUAAAUGACCAGUGUUCUAUGGAGGAGUAGUACUACCGACGCUUGUUGACGACUUCCUCUUGGUGCCAAGUGUACUCGUCUUUUUCUUGCAAAUGACACUGAGACACAAUCCUUACACGAUUCGCACUGGAGAGUCAUCGAUGGGUCCUGAUAUGCUUCUUUCCUUUCCUAACGAUUACUGGCAAUGUCCA